UUGAAAAAUCGUUGGCAGGUUUAUCAGAACGCCAAAUCGCUAGACAUUUAGGAAUUAGCAAAUCUACUGUACAUCGCGUUUAUUAUUUUUUUAAAAAAUACGGAUGUGUAAAAAAUAUUUUAACUUUGCGUGAAAGACCAAGAAUUUUUGGAAAUGAUGAUAUGAAAUAUCUUGAAGUACUUCUUAAAGAAAAAGUAGAUUGGUAUAUUUGGGAAUUGCAAUCUCAAAUGGAACUUUGGUUAGAAUGA